AUGGGCAAGUUAACUAGCACAAUCGGCAUCCCAAUCAAGCUUCUGAACGAAGCUCAGGGUCACGUCGUUACCCUUGAAAUCACCUCCGGUGUUGUCUACCGCGGAAAGCUCCUCGAAGCGGAGGACAACAUGAAUGUGCAACUGAAGGACAUCACCGUCACAGCGCGCGAUGGCCGCGUCUCGCAUCUCGACCAGGUCUACAUCCGCGGAAGCCACGUGCGAUUCUUCGUUGUGCCGGAUAUGCUGCGGAACGCUCCCAUGUUCCGCUCACGAGGACAGCGCGGCAGAGGUGUUGGUCUGGCGCGUGGUAAGGCGACGGUGCAGAGGGCUCGGGGGCAGAGAGGUGGUCGGUAA